UAGCGGUAAUUAAACAUCGAUAGCGGGGGCGGGGCACUCGUUGGAUGUCCAACGGCGCUACUUGUCUUUGGCACGUAGCCCUCCCUCUUAACCGUCCUUGUGUUAACGCUCCAACGGUCUGUCGGGCUCCGUCUGCCGCACCAUGAGGACGUCCCUAGUUGUUGCCGUUUCAGCGGCCCUGGUGGCUUUGUGCGCGCUGGCGCUGCCCGUCCGGGCGAAGGCUGCCCUGGACGCCAAGGGCGCCGCCGAGCAGUGUGUCUGCCAGCUCUCCGACCCGCGCCGACCGCUCCAGCUGGUCCGAGGCGCGGACCAGGUGUCACGCUGCGAGAAGGGGGAGUACUGCAACUGCGCGGCCAAAACCGUCGCGAUCUGCGACUUCAGUUUCAUGGAGGAAACGUUCCGGUUCAACGAGGAAGAGCAGAUGUGUGACUUCCGCGUGGACUGCCAGGCUUUCUUCGACCGGACGACCGUAAGCCCGGCGACUGCAGAGCCGACGCCGCCGACGUUGCCCCCGCUGCCCACCGAGCCAGAGGUGACCACGGCCGCGGCCCCGACCUCCCCGCCAGAGCCCUGUCGUUGCAGCGACGCCAGCCGGGCGCUGCAGCUGAUCCGAGGCGCGGACCAGGAGUCACGGUGCCAGACGGGGGACUACUGCGACUGCCGCGCCAAAACCGUGCAGCACUGCGACGACUUCGAGGCCCUGGGCGAGCGGAUGAGGUUCAACGAGCAGGACCAGGAGUGCGACUUGACGUUCGACUGCCAGGCGUUCUUCCGGGGCCCCACGGAGCGGCCGUCGACGGCCACACCGCGCACCGCGGCCCCCACAGCGGCGCCCCUGAGCUUAUCAUUGUGGAGCUACUUCUGA